AUGCUAUUGCAAAAACUAUUGCUCGUUACAAUAAUUAUUUGCAUAGUAACAAAAUUGGUAUUGGCAGGAGAAGAAGCAAUCGAGGACAGUGAUGUCGAACAUGACGACGAAUCGUUAUCGUAUUUAGACGAAGAAGACGAAACGAAAGUUUUACAAGAAAGAGGAGAUCAACCGUUUAAGAAAAAAAGCGGAGGACCCCAAGAAUCAGUUGGUAUACCAGUACCUGCUCCAUCACAGGGAAAUCAUCUGCUGAUCCCUCCUCCAGGUCUAAAACGAAAUCCAGGUCCACCGCCGAACCAACAAAGGAUUAAAGAUACUGCUGGCCAGCAUGUAUAUAAGACAUCUAACCAAAUUUUGCUCCAGUCCUAUGAAAUUGCACCUCCAGAGCUACAAGGCAAACAAAGUUAUCAAGGUAAUAAUCCCCAGGAAUUUCAUCAAGAUGGUGGGCAAUAUCAGGUUGGAGUUCAUCCGGAAUUUCCAUCCGGACACAAUGGACCUGCAUUCCCAGAAGGUGGAAAUCAAAUAGAUAUACAUUCAUACCAAGAUUCAAACGAAGAAUAUAAACCAGAAAAUCAAAACAGCCUUUUUCAGGGUUUUCCUAGUUUACCUCACAGUGAACCAUGGCCUUUGCCCAUGCCUGAUAUGCCUAAAAUAAUCCAUUUAGACGUGAAGUGUGAGAAGAAUGUCAUGAAAGUCUCCAUAGAAUUCAAUAAACCUUUCCAUGGAAUAAUUUUCAGCAAAGGCCAUUACAGUCAUGCUAGCUGUGUGCAUUUACCGCCUGGGACAGGCCAUACAAGUGUAUAUUUCGACGUAGCGAUUAAUAGCUGUGGCACACAUGCAAGCUCCCCCACUGGACAGUAUAACAACUACGGAAAUCAGAAUGUUGCAGGCAGCUACUUUGAAAACACAGUUGUCGUUCAGUAUGAUCCGCAAGUUCAGGAAGUGUGGGACCAAGCCAGACGGUUGAGGUGCACGUGGCAUGAUCAGUAUGAAAAGGCUGUAACGUUCAGACCGUUUCCUGUAGACAUGCUGAAUGUGGUAAGAGCAGAUUUUGCAGGGGAUAACGUAGGUUGUUGGAUGCAAAUCCAGGUGGGUAAAGGCCCAUGGGCCAGUGAAGUUAGUGGAAUUGUGAAGAUCGGUCAAACCAUGACGAUGGUUUUGGCUAUAAAAGACGAAGAAAAUAAAUUUGAUAUGAUGGUAAGAAAUUGUAUUGCUCAUGAUGGUAAACGGGCACCAAUCGAACUCGUUGACAGUCAAGGGUGCAUAGUGAGGCCAAAACUAAUGAGUAGGUUUACGAAAGUUAAGAAUUUCGGAUCUACCGCCUCGGUACUGGCAUUCGCUCAUUUCCAAGCUUUCAAAUUUCCAGAUUCUAUGGAUGUACAUUUCCAAUGUACCAUUCAGAUUUGUCGUCCGAAUUGUCCUGAACAGUGUGCUAUUUCUUCGCCCGGUAUUGCUCAUCAGAUACCACCAGGGCAUGAGCUGUACUCCGGAUCAGCCCAUGCUCCAGUGGUCAGACCUCGUGAGGAACGAGACGUUUCCAAAGUAUUGACUGAACCCGUUGAAGAACCCAUUCGGGAGAUGACUGAAAUUGGUUUGAAUCGAGUUAUACGUGUCGUCUCUACGGGAGAUUUGGCAUUUGCUGACCCGUCAAUGCAAGAGAACAAUGCCCCUGAUUUCGAGAGUUUGGAAAAAGAUGACGUUAUCUGCAUGUCAACGCCUGGAUUUGCAGCAUCACUGAUAGUUUUGCUUUGCAUUUUAGUUGUGUCAUGCCUUGUGGCUGCUUUCCUUUGCCUGAGGCAAAAACACCCUAGAGAUAUUAUAACUUCUAUAUCUGGGACUGUAAUAAAGAGAAGAAAAUCCUAA